UGAUCGAAAUGCGAUUUCCGUACUUAUCCCUUGUGGGCCUCCGUAGUGACGUACCACCCAAACAAGAAGCUGACUGCUGUUGAUUAGCGAGAUCUGUGCGACAGAAAGAAGGAUUUUAUCUUUAUAUGAUCAGAUUUUAAAAUGUCCCAGGAUCCCUGGUUACAGAAUCAUGACGCUACUUGCCGCCUGGCCCAAGAAAUAGCAGAAAACAUCCAUGAACGAAAUAGACAGCAGAGAACUGGGGGUAACCCUGCAAAAAUCAACAUGACUCUUCGAGCAUCGCUACAGAAGCUAAAGCAGAAUAUUUCUCAGCUGAGAGAAGGAUUGUUGCGGACUUCCUCGUCGCGUCGGAUAACUCAGGCAGAGGCAGACAGAAGACAAAAUCUUAUUGAUGACCUUCUAAGCAGAGAGAAACAACUCAAUUCAACAUUUAAAGGAGAAGUCUCAGGAGCAGAAACCAGCAGAUCCUCUCUCAUGACGGGGGGAAUGAGUGGAGCUGCAGCCAAUCCCUGGUUGAUCAAUGAAACAGAAGAGACGAGAGGUCUGUCUUUUGGGGAGAUCAAACAGCAGCAGCAGCGGAUCAUAGACGCCCAAGAUGCUGGCUUGGAUGCCCUGGCAGCGGUCAUUAGCCGACAGAAGACAAUGGGUCAGGAGAUUGGCAACGAGCUGGAUGAGCAGAACGAGAUUAUCGAUGACGUUGCUCAUCUUGUGGACAAAACUGACGACCGGAUCCGUAACGAGACACGACGGGUCAAACUGCUCGAAACCAAGUCUGCCUCAUGUGGUAAGACACACACUGUACAAAGCAGCAAAUUAAAAACACCAGGAUGUUGUAGAGCGAAUUAAUAUGAACAUUUUAAGACCAAAAUGAUGAAUUUGACAGCAGCAGAUCCAGAGAGAGGAGUGACAAUUUUUCAAUGUAAAAUCAGUAGGAGCCAGAGUUAAUGGAGCUGGGAGCGCCCCUGUGUUCACUUCCUAUUUGGAACGUGGUGGCUAGCGAAUUAGCUAUGUCCAUUUAUUCUAUAAACAGUCUGUGGGUAAAACACUGGAUUCUCACACACAGUUUUGAAUCACAACAACAAAAUAACGUCCUCACUGUGCAGAUCCAAACUAUU